AUAAAAAUCAUCCUAAUUACAAUCGAUUUAGAGAAUAUCUUGAACAAAGAGCAGAAACUGAUACUGAUUAUUCACAAAAUCAAGAAGUUAAAAAUAAUAUUGAAUCUGAACAAAUUAAAUAUAUAGUUAAACAAAAUGAUGAAGAAAUUACGAUAGAUGAUGAUUUAUCAUCAGAUGAUUUUAAUUUUCCAACAGAGAAACAAGCUUUUAAACAAGCUUUAGAAAAAAAUUAUAUCAAAAAAUGUGGAUUUAUUACAGAUGCUGAUGCUGCGAUUAAGAAAAUUAGAAAUCAUAAUAUGAAUUUGAUGCAACAAUAUCAAGCCACAAUUGAUAAAUAUGAACAACAAAUUAGAGAAUUUUCUCUAUAUUUAUUAAUUUCAGGUGAUAAAAAAAUUUGGCUUAGUCGAAAAAAUAAUACAUAUAAAGAUUUUUAUGAUUAUUUUCAAGCAACAGGUGGAGCUAAAGAAAAAAAUAAAAUAUUUGAAGAAUAUGCUUGUAGAGAAGCUUUGGAAGAAGCAAAUAUCGAAUUAAAAAAACUUAUAUUUGUUU